UGGCGCUACCUCCCCGCUCUGCCGCCGGCGCCUCGCCCGUUCGCCGCUGCGACCCGUUGCUUGUCCCCCUGGUGCCUGGCCCCGCCGAGGGGCAGGUGGCCAGCCCAGCCCUCUUCCCCGCUGCCCUGCUGCGGCUGCUGCGUCUCUCGUCCCCCGCUGCAAGGAAGUCGAAGAGACGAUUGCCAAGCGGGAGGAGAGGACAGAAGAGGAGUGGAGCCGCAGGCGGCUCGGACAGUGCGCUGCGUCUGAGUCUCCGGGGAUGGACUGGGCUUCGUCCUGCGCCUCAGCUUGCCCGCGGAGAGGAGGGCGGUGAUCGUCCGCCCAGCCCGCCAGGGAGGAGAGGCACCCCGGUUAAAUGUCACGGCUCCCCGUCCGCUCCCCGCCGCCACCCCGCGCAUCGCUCACCUCGGGAGGGGGCUGUGAAGGUGGCGGCAGAGGCAGCCUCGGCUGCGGCGCGCCCCGCCGCCGCUCGCCGUGAGGAAGCGCCCCGGCAGCCGCCAGGUGUGCAGAGGAACACAUGCUUUCAAUGGCCUUUGAACAUAAGUGAGCAGUGGAGCUAGAAAACUUGGCAGAAAACUCUUUUGUCUUUCCUGCUUGUUUCUAUGGAACCUGGUUUGCAAGGUGCUGUGAUUGUCUCCAGGACUUGAACCUCCUGUCUUAAGCUCAGAAAACAAUUCCGAUUCAGACUGAGGAUCCACUAAAGAGUAUCUUAAGCAAUAAUCUUAAAAUGAGAAAGAUGAGAAGGAGUUGUAAGGACAUCUAAGGGGACAAACUUCUCUAUGUUACCUGGAUCUCAGAGUUCCCUGAUACUGUCGUAUGACAGGGCCCUUCCGAUUCAAUCAUCCUUGGCCCGUGACAGAGGGUUAGCCCAGAUCAGUGGAGUCAUGCAUCACACAGCUCUAUCAUGCUGGCAGCUGUUCCUGGGUCUGGCUGUGCUGCUUGUCUUCACAAGACCCACUGCAGGCUGCCCAGCCCGCUGUGAAUGCUCAGCACAGAACAAGUCUGUCAGCUGUCACCGAAGACGUCUGAUGUCCAUCCCAGAAGGCAUUCCCAUUGAGACCAAAAUCUUGGACCUCAGUAAGAACCGACUGAAAAAUGUUAACCCUGAGGAAUUCACAUCAUACCCAUUGCUGGAGGAGAUUGACCUCAGCGACAAUAUUGUCUCCAAUGUGGAGCCUGGAGCUUUUAACAAUCUCUUCAACUUGCGCUCCUUGAGGCUGAAAGGAAACCGUCUGAAGCUGGUCCCCCUUGGGGUGUUCACUGGGUUGUCAAACUUAACAAAGCUUGAUAUAAGUGAAAACAAGAUUGUCAUUUUGCUGGACUACAUGUUUCAAGAUCUGCAUAACCUAAAAUCUCUGGAGGUUGGGGACAAUGAUUUGGUGUAUAUAUCACAUAGGGCCUUCAGUGGGCUGCUUAGCCUGGAGCAGCUCACCCUGGAGAGAUGCAACCUCACAGCUGUACCAACAGAAGCUCUUUCUCACCUCCACAACCUCAUCAGCCUGCAUUUGAAACAGCUCAAUAUUAACGCUUUGCCGGCAUAUGCCUUUAAAAGACUGUUUCGCCUGAAAGACCUGCAGAUAGAGGCCUGGCCUCUCCUGGACAUGCUGCCUGCCAACAGUCUGUAUGGCCUCAAUCUGACUUCUCUCUCCAUCACAAACACCAACCUGUCUGCAGUACCUUACUCUGCUUUUAAACAUCUGGUUUACCUGACACAUCUCAACCUCUCUUACAACCCCAUCAGCACCAUAGAGGCAGGCAUGCUGUCGGAUUUAGUGCGCCUGCAGGAGCUCCACGUUGUGGGGGCACAGCUGCGCACCAUUGAACCACAUGCUUUCCAAGGGCUCCGAUUCUUACGCGUGCUUAAUGUGUCCCAAAACCUGUUAGAAACCCUAGAAGAGAAUGUAUUCCAUUCCUCCAAAAGCCUUGAGGUACUCUGCAUUAACAAUAACCCUCUGGCCUGUGACUGUCGUCUUCUUUGGAUUUUGCAGCGGCAGCCCACCUUGCAGUUUGGUGGUGAGCCACCAAUGUGUGCUGGCCCAGACAGUGUCAGAGAGAGGUCAUUCAGAGACUUUCACAGCACAGCUCUUUCCUUUUAUUUCACCUGUAAGAAGCCCAGGAUACAAGACAAGAAGUUGCAGUACCUGGUAGUGGAGGAAGGACAGACCGUGCAGCUGAUGUGCAGUGCUGACGGGGACCCACAGCCAACCAUCUCCUGGGUUACCCCACGCCGGAGGUUGAUCACAAUUAAAUCAAAUGGUAGAGCCACUGUUCUGGGAGAUGGCACCCUGGAGAUCCGAUUUGCCCAAGACCAGGACACUGGGAUCUAUGUCUGUGUUGCAAGUAAUGCAGCUGGGAAUGACACCUAUUCAGCCUCCCUGACAGUAAAGGGGUUUACCUCAGAUCGUUUCCUUUAUGCCAACAGGACCCCUAUGUAUAUGACAGACUCCAACGACACAAGUUCUAAUGGAACUAAUGCAAACAGCUACUCUCUGGACCUUAAGACAAUAUUGGUGUCCACAGCUAUGGGCUGUUUCACAUUCCUUGGAGUGGUUUUAUUUUGUUUCCUUCUUCUUUUUGUGUGGAGCCGAGGGAAAGGAAAACACAAAACCAGCAUUGACCUUGAAUAUGUCCCUCGCAAAAACAAUGGUGCUGUGGUUGAAGGGGAGGUUUCUGGACCACGAAGGUUCAAUAUGAAAAUGAUUUGAUGGUAUUCUGCUAGCAGUGCUUUUCCUGUGGCAUUAAAAAACCAAUUAAAACAGCCUGGCAUGUGGAAUUGCUAGGCAGAAGGAGCUUAAUGCAGCUGUCAGUGUAUCAAAAGGUUAUAUGAAAAUGGAAAGACUAUUUGUGGUUAUACAAGAGAGCCUCCAGACCUUGAGGCAGAUGUGUCAGGGCCUUUCAUAGAACUGGAAACUUGUACUAACUGUUUGCAUUGCAAAUAUUGGCAUUCUGGGGAUAUCAGCAAUGAACCACUGGCUCAUGCUCAUGGACAAUUGUUCAACAUUUUCUACUGCUACAAAAGGAAAAAGAAAAAAACCCUACAGUGUAGGAUUUACAUACUUACAGAAAAAGACACAUUUGUCUAAACCACACUCUACAAUGAAAUUUGUAUCCAUAUAUCUCAUUUGGUAAAACUUUGCAUCCUCCCUUCUAGUUGGUUCAACACAAAAAAAAAGAAUCGGUAGCUUUUUUUUUUUUUAAUCUACAUCUAUACUGUGUACAUUUUGAAGCAAUACAAAGGAGAGGUUGUACUUUUAGAUAUCCACCAAUACUGACCCAAGUGUGAUGUCACCCAUCUUUUAACUACCAUAAAAACACAAAUUAGAUCCUUGUAGUUCCUAAUUAGAAAUAAGAUCUUUUUCUCCUCAUGUAAAAGGCCAGGGCUGAAUAGUUGAGAGCAAAACCGCUCAACUCUGUCGACCUACUCUUCAUAUAAAUAUAAGGCAUGUGCCUAGUUUUGAUACAGAAUGGAAUAUUUUUAUAUCUGUGAUAUCACACUGGACCAGUUUACUGUAAUACAGCCCUGGAUCUCACACAGGGAAGGCAACCCACUAGUCAAUGCUGGCAUGGAGGAGUUGAGUUCUACCUUGAAGAGAGAGAAUCAGUUUUGUUAGCCCUUAUAUUAAUUUCAAAGCUAUUGUUAAAAUGUUAAUGUGUACUGGGCUAAAUAAAGAGCAUAAUACAUUCUGCAGAC